GUCAGUCAACAGGCUGGCUGCGACCAUCCUAUAAAUACCUUGCUGAGAGGCAGGAGACUGUAUCUGAAAUACGUAGUCCAGAAAUAAUGUCAUCCCAACUACUUCUGUAUGUCCGACUUCAUAUGCACUUGAAGCCCUGAUACUGAUGGAGGCUGCUGGCAGUGGCAGGAUGGAGCAGACACUAGGACUUUGUUUGCCCCCCGAGCUGGCUGUACCCAUAUUGAUGUCCUGGGACACAGCAUCCUAGAGAGGGGGAGAGACCACAGCAAAGUCCAGGAGAAUGAAGAGACACAAGUGGUCCUACAAAUGUCCCUCACAAAGGAAGAUCUUGAUUCUGUGUGUUACUGGGUGGUUGAUUGCCCUGCUGAAGCUCCUCCAUGUCGAAAGACACUUUUUUCCCUCUAAAGGGAUUUACUUAGUUGAGCACUUCUUGAGCACUUCUUCUUAUGUUAGAAACAGAUAUUCAUACCCUAGAAAUGAGUUUCAGUAUGAAAUUAAUUGUUCAUCUAUAUAUGAACAAGAUCCUCGUGAAAUUGGCAAGAGUUUAGAGAUAAGAAGAAAAGAAAUAGUUGAUUUAGCUGAUGAAGAUGUUGUAGCAAUGACAAGUGACUGUGAUGUGUAUCGUUCACUUAGGAAAUACCAGCUAAAACCUGUUUCUCCAGAGGAGGAGAGUUUUCCAAUUGCCUAUUCUUUGGUUGUUCACAAAGAUGCAGCAAUGGUAGAAAGGCUCAUACAUUCAUUGUAUAGUCAUCAAAAUAUUUACUGCAUCCAUUAUGACCAAAAAGCAGCAAAAAGCUUCAAAUCUGCUUUGAACAAUCUAGCUAAAUGUUUCCCAAAUAUUUUCAUUGCAUCAAAAUUGGAGACAGUGGACUAUGCACAUAUUUCACGCCUGCAAGCAGAUUUCAAUUGUUUGUCUGAUUUGAUGGAGUCUCCAGUUCCUUGGAAGUAUGUUAUCAAUUUGUGUGGCCAAGAUUUCCCUUUGAGAUCAAAUUUCCAGUUGGUCACUGAACUGAAGAAACUUGGUGGAGGAAACAUGCUGGAAACUUCAAAGCCAAGCAGCAGCAAAAGAGAACGAUUUACUUAUCACUAUGAACUCAUGAAAGUGCCUUACGAAUACAUGCAGAUGCCUGUAAAAACCAACAUUUCCAAGAAUCCGCCACCUCAUGAUAUUGAGAUAUUUGUAGGCAGUGCCUAUUUUGUUUUAAGCCGAGAAUUUAUUCAAUAUACCCUUGAAAGCUCACUUGCAAAAGAUUUUUUUGAGUGGUCAAGGGACACAUACUCUCCAGAUGAACAUUUCUGGGCCACUCUUGUACGUGUCCCCGGGGUCCCUGGGGAAGUUCCAAGGUCAUCUCAGGAUGUAACAGACUUACAAAGCAAAACUCGUCUGGUGAAAUGGAAUUAUCUGGAAGACUACUUGUACCCUCCAUGCACUGGUACCCACCUGCGCAGUGUCUGCAUCUAUGGGGCUGGAGAAUUGAGAUGGCUUCUGAAUUACGGACACUGGUUCGCCAACAAGAUUGACUCCAAAGUAGAUCCUGUCCUGGUAAAAUGCUUGGCAGAAAAGGUGGCAGAGCAACAGGAGGAGUGGGUACAUUUGUCCUCUGAUAAACACUUUCUGCACUUAAGUUCUACGGAUGCCUUGACAUAGCAGCGCUGUGUGCUCUGCUGUGAGUGCUGUGUGCUCAGCACCUGCAGUUCUGCUGCCUUGACCUGCUACAGGAUGGCAGUGAGAAAAAAGUCCAUUCUGUGUGACAUCCAGGGCCCUGCACAGCCAGCUGCCUGGCUAUUUAUUUAUGAAAAUUCACUUCUCUCUGAUUAACUGUUUUGCCACAAUAAACCUGUAAUUGUCUUCAGGGUGAUUCUGAGAUGUGAAGUUUGUUUUUGGAGGCUCUCGUGCUGUCUGUCCAGUGGAGUAUUUCAGAAAUGUAUUUUACUUCAAGUGUAUUUGUAUCUUUUAUAAGAAGCUCCAGCAGUUCUGUCUGCCUGUCCUCUUUCCCUUCACUUUUGCUUUUCUUAAAGGAAUAAAGGGAAGACCUCUGUAUCUGCUACCUCAGGAAAACUGUAAGUGCCCGUCUCACAGAAAAAACCGAGAGAUCAGCAUGACACGAAAUGACCCGUGUGACCUCACUUGAAGUUCCACACCUCUCAUCUGUGGGAGCUGCAUAGAUCUUUGCAAUGUCAGUAAGACUGGAGGAUAUAAGGGAAAGAAGAUCCCAUAUACUGCAUUGUGUGUACCAUUGUUCUCUUCUCCCUGCUAACCUGCGCGUUGCUUUUCCUUCUACGAAGCGUGUGAUCAGGUGCUGUGCCAACACUGUUGGUUUCACAAACAGUGAAAGUUGGUUGAAGCAGUUGUGCACUGCUGAAUGCUCACAGCUGUGUGUUCUCCAAAGGCAGAGUACAUGCCUGCCCUAAGGGCAGUCUCUGCAGCCACUUGGGGGAGGUAUCUGUGCCAAAAGAGGUCAAUCUUCAUUCCUGUCUCUGCCUGUAGGAAUAUCUUUCUGUGAAAUCCCAGUCCUCUUGAGACAUUAUGCCUACCCACAGAGGAUAACAAGUGCUAUUUCUACUUGGUGUUCAGCAGUGUGGUGCUUUGUUGCAGUGUAGAACACACAAAGUUGAGCAGUAAUCAUAAGAAUAGCCAUAUUGCAGAAAUGAAGACUCUGCUUGAAGUGUCUUUCUGUGCAAGUCCCCUGGCUGUGCACUACCAUGAUCCCAGGCUGACAGGUGCCUGAAUGGGCCAUGGUUCAGCUGUAGGGCAAGAAUUCUCCAACAGGCCCUGCUUGCCAGGGCCCUGCCAGCCUCCUGGUAGGGGAGUGGCUCAGGAGCUUUCUCGCAGCUGGGCUACCCACACUCCAGAUGAGGGAAGUGUUUGCAAGUGCAGGGGUCUCUGCAGAAACCCUUGAAACUCAGAAAUGCUGCUGGGCAUCUUGAGGGUUUCCCUGGAGUGUUGCCCUGCCACAAGUUCAGUUUUGGUAGUUCCAGUGGAUCUGGGGUUUAGCUUUCUCCAUGCCACUGUCUUCUUUCAUCUGUCUUUUAUUAGGGGACUCUUUCCCCGUGAGUGACUUUGGGAUAUCUGUAUCUGGUCUUACUGAUCUGCAGAUUACUGCAGUAAUGACCAUAUCUCAUAUCAAUGAGAAAUCUUUGCUCCUUAUUUGAGCUGAAAGAACCAAGUGGCUUUUUGGUCUCAGUUUCUAAAUUUAAAGUAAAUUUAGGUUUAAAUUUAGUCACAGUGAAGUCAUCUCUGGCUCAAGGCUGGUUUGAGAGUCAGGAUUCUCAGGCUUUUUUCCACAUUUGUGACAAUGAGUUUCAGUAAAACCUCAGACAAGCCACCUGAGUUUUCUGUUUCAGCUGUUCCCACUGUAAAAUGGGAACCAUAACCUUCUAUUGUCUUGUUAAGCACUUUGAAACCUGUGGGUAUUGUGGGUUUGGCUGCACAAUACUAAUUAUUUAGUAUUAACUUAUUUUGUGGAUAAUUUAUUAUCCACAAAACUAU